ACUCACUCUGAAGGUGCAGGAUGAAAAGAUGGCACAGCUGCUUGUACCACCAGGUAUAGACAGCUUCCGUCACUUUAGCCGUGAGUCCCUCAAAGUCAUCGAGAAGCGGAUCGCCGAGGAGAAGGCCAACAAGCCCAAGGGGGAGAAGAAAAAACGCAAUGAUGACAACGAGCUCAAGCGCAGCCGUGACCUGGAGGCGGGCAAAUCCCUCCCCAUGCUGUACGGGGAUGUUCCUAAAGGCAUGGUGUCGACACCGCUGGAGGACCUGGACCCCUACUACUGUAAUCAAAAAACUUUCAUAGUGUUAAACAAAGGGAACUUCAUCUUCCGCUUCAAUGCCGAACCUGCCUUGUACCUCCUGAGCCCCUUCAACCUCAUAAGAAGAAUAUCAAUGAAGAUUUUGGUGCACUCAUUAUUCAGUAUGGUGAUUAUGUGCACUAUUCUUGCCAACUGUGCAUUCAUGACUAUGAGUGAACCACAGAAGUGGACAAAAAAUGUCGAGUACACCUUUACUGCAGUGUAUACCAUUGAAUCCCUCGUUAAAAUUUUAGCCCGAGGGUUUUGCAUAGGGAAAUUCACGUUUUUAAGAGAUCCCUGGAACUGGUUGGAUUUCAGUGUCAUUGUCAUGGCGUAUGCAACAGAGUUUUUGAACAUGGGCAAUUUCUCAGCUCUCCGGACAUUUAGAGUGCUGAGAGCGUUUAAAGCUAUCUCAGUUAUCCCAGGCCUGAAGACCAUUGUUGCAGCGUUGUUCCAGGCGGUGAAGAAACUUGCCGAUGUGAUGAUCCUCACUGUCUUUUGUCUGAGCGUCUUCGCCCUCAUAGGGUUACAACUGUUUAUGGGCCAUUUAAAGAAUAAGUGUAUAAAGACAAUUGAUAAUUCCACAACAGAUGGGAUUGAAGCCAUUGGAAACUUCAGCUGGGAGACGUAUGCAUCUGAUCCGGCUAAUCAUUACAUCCUUCCAGGCAAACGAGAUGCAUUGCUUUGUGGGAAUGGCAGUGAAGCUGGGCAGUGUCCAGAAGGCUACAGUUGCAUCAAACAUGGAAAAAACCCAGACUAUAAUUACACCAGUUUUGACUCGUUUGGUUGGGCCUUCCUCUCUCUGUUCAGGCUGAUGACACAGGAUUACUGGGAAAACCUCUACCAGCAGACGCUGCGGGCAGCUGGGAAGCCCUACAUGAUCUUUUUCGUGCUGGUGAUAUUCCUCGGUUCUUUCUACCUGGUCAACCUGAUCUUGGCUGUAGUUGCUAUGGCCUAUGAGGAGCAGAGCCAGGCCACCAUAAAGGAGGCGAAGGAGAAGGAGGAGGAGUUUCAGGCUAUGCUUGAGCAGCUGAAACGGCAGCAAGAGGAAGCCCAGGCGGCAGUAUCUGCAGCUGCUGCAGAGGGUGGAGGGGUCGGCGACAACGUUGGAGGGACUGAGAGCUCUUCUGGCACUUCCAAGCUCAGCUCCAAAAGUGCCAAAGAGAGACGCAACAGGCGGAAGAAAAGGAAGGAGGAGCAGGGCAAAGGAGCUGACGAGAAGUUUGCUCAAUCAGAGUCCCAAGAAAGUGUGAAGAAAGGUCGCUGCCGCUUCUCAGUGGAUGCAAACCUGCUCAACUAUGACAUGAAAUGCUCAACAGCACAUCAGGCUGACACCACUGACACAGGUGGAGGAACAAACCCAGAGUGUAUGGACUUCCUUGAGGGCCCAGAGGCCCGACAGAGAUUGCAGAGUGUUACUAGUGUAAUAACGAGCACAAUGGGGGAGCUUGAAGAGUCAAGGAAGAAGUGUCCUCCUUGCUGGUACGAUUUUGCCAACACCUUCCUUGUCUGGGAAUGUUGUCCAACCUGGUUGAAGAUCAAGAAGUUGAUUAAUCUGAUAGUGAUGGAUCCAUUUACGGACUUAACCAUCACUCUCUGCAUUGCACUCAACACAUUGUUCAUGGCUAUGGAGCAUUACCCAAUGAGCAGUGAAUUCUCUGAAAUGCUAAAAGUAGGGAAUUAUGUAUUCACUGGGAUUUUUACUGCAGAAAUGGUCCUUAAGAUCAUCGCUAUGGACCCGUAUCAUUACUUCCAGGAGGGAUGGAAUAUUUUUGACGCAAUCAUUGUCAGUUUAAGCUUGGUGGAGUUGUUUUUGGAAAAAAGGGGUAACAUGUCUGUCCUGAGAUCAUUCAGAUUGCUGAGAGUAUUCAAGCUGGCUAAAUCAUGGCCCACUCUAAACACCCUUAUCAAAAUCAUUGGUAAUUCAGUGGGGGCUUUGGGCAACCUGACGCUCGUGCUGGCCAUUAUCGUGUUCAUCUUCGCUGUGGUGGGCAUGCAACUGUUCGGAAAGAACUACAAGGACUGUGUGUGUAAAAUCUCUAAAGAUUGCACUCUGCCCCGUUGGCACAUGAGUGACUUCUUUCAUUCGUUCCUCAUUGUGUUCCGAGUGCUUUGUGGAGAGUGGAUAGAGACCAUGUGGGACUGUAUGGAGGUGGCUGGGACGCCCAUGUGCCUCACUGUGUACAUGAUGGUCAUGGUUAUUGGAAACCUUGUGGUGCUGAACCUGUUCCUGGCCCUGUUGCUGAGUUCAUUCAGUGCUGACAACCUGGCAUCGAUUGAAGAUGACAACGAGAUGAACAAUUUGCAGAUUGCCAUUGGACGGAUCCAAAAUGGCAUCGCCUAUGUUAAGUCAGCACUUCGAAGUCACUAUAGCCGUUUCUGUCUCAGAGACAGGAAAAAAGGGAAGGCGGAGGACCAAUCCCUGGAGGAACUGCAUAAACCUUUAGGAACUAAUUGUGUCCCAAACCACACAAUCAAAGACUUUCCCAGAAAAGGAAAUGGGGAUGUUACCGGGGUGGGCAAAAAUGGAGACAAAUACAUCGUAAGCAGCAAGAGUGAUGAUUCAAUAAUGUCAUUCAUCAACAAUCCCAGUCUUACUGUGACUGUUCCCAUUGCUGUGGGCGAGUCAGACUUUGAAAACCUAAACACAGAGGACUUCAGCAGCCUCUCGUCUGAUGCAGUCGGAUGUCGUGUGCUCAUACAAGACGAUGGUCAGUUUAGCUCCUCCGAAGGCAGCACGGUGGACGGUAUGGCAGGAGAGGGAGGAGAGUCAGACGACUUUGAUCUGGAAGAAGCUAUGGAGCCAGAUUCUUGCUUCCCUGAAGGAUGUGUGCAAAAGUACAAAUGCUGUCAAGUUAACGUGGAAGUGGGCCGCUGGAAGAUGUGGUGGACCCUGAGAAAGACCUGUUUCCGUAUAGUGGAGCACAACUGGUUUGAGAGCUUCAUUAUCUUCAUGAUCUUGCUCAGCAGUGGAGCACUGGCCUUUGAAGACGUCUACAUUGAAAAGAGGAAGACUAUUAAAACGGUGCUGGAGUUUGCCGACAAAAUCUUCACCUACAUCUUCAUCCUGGAGAUGUUACUGAAGUGGGUGGCGUAUGGAUUCGCCAAGUAUUUCACAAAUGCAUGGUGCUGGCUGGACUUUCUCAUUGUUGAUGUCUCACUGGUUAGUUUGGUAGCAAACUCCAUGAACUAUUCUGACCUUGGUGCCAUCAAGUCUCUAAGAACACUGCGAGCUCUGAGGCCCCUGAGAGCCUUGUCGCGUUUCGAAGGGCUGCAGGUGGUUGUCAAUGCCCUACUGGGAGCCAUUCCUUCCAUUUUCAACGUACUGCUGGUUUGUCUCAUCUUCUGGCUCGUCUUCAGCAUCAUGGGAGUCAACUUAUUUGCGGGGAAGUUCUACCAUUGUGUCAACAAAACUACAGAUGAGAAUAUACCUACAUCACUUGUGAAAAACAAGCUUAAUUGUACAAACCUAAAUGGUAGCCGCUGGAAAAAUGUCAAAAUCAACUUUGACAAUGUUGGCUUUGGUUACCUUGCACUGCUUCAAGUGGCUACAUUCAAAGGUUGGAUGGAUAUCAUGUACGCUGCUGUGGACUCUCAAAGCGAGGUAGACGAACAGCCUGAGUAUGAGAUCAACCUAAAAAUGUACAUGUAUUUUGUUGUUUUCAUCAUAUUUGGAGCAUUCUUCACACUCAAUCUCUUUAUUGGUGUCAUCAUAGACAAUUUCAAUCAACAGAAAAAAAAGCUAGGAGGUCAAGACAUCUUCAUGACUGAAGAACAGAAAAAAUACUACAAUGCCAUGAAAAAGUUGGGGUCAAAGAAACCACAAAAACCUAUUCCUCGACCAUCAAACAACAUUCAAGGAUACAUCUUUGACCUGACUACAAAACAAGCAUUUGAUAUUUUAAUCAUGGUACUAAUAGUGCUCAAUAUGGUGACUAUGAUGGUGGAAACUGAUGACCAGUCAGAAAACAAGGUCAUCGUUCUCUGGUGGAUCAAUUUAUUAUUUAUCGUCAUCUUCUCUGGAGAGUGUUUGUUGAAGAUGAUCUCACUCCGCCAUUACUUUUUCACAAAUGGUUGGAAUGUAUUUGACUUCAUUGUGGUCAUCCUGUCAAUCAUGGGUAUGUUUCUCUCGGAAGUGAUAGAGACGUAUUUCGUUUCGCCAACCUUGUUCAGAGUCAUCCGAUUGGCUCGGAUUGGCCGCGUCCUCCGCCUGAUCAAAAGUGCCAAAGGAAUCCGCACGCUAUUGUUUGCAUUGAUGAUGUCACUUCCUGCCUUGUUCAAUAUUGGGCUCUUGCUUUUCCUUGUGAUGUUUAUUUACGCCAUUUUUGCCAUGUCAAACUUUGCGUACGUCAAGAGGGAAAAAGGAAUUGACGAUCUUUUCAACUUCGAGACAUUUGGCAACAGUAUGAUCUGUUUGUUCCAGAUCACAACGUCGGCAGGAUGGAGUGAUUUACUAGAUCCAAUUCUUAACAAAAACAAGGAAGAUUGUGACAUUGAAUUGGAGCAUCCUGGCAGUCCUGGCACAGGAGACUGUGGAAACCCGACUGUGGGAAUUGCCUUCUUUGUGAGUUACAUCAUAAUCUGUUUCCUGAUUGUGAUUAACAUGUACAUUGCAGUCAUCCUGGAAAACUUUGGUGUGGCCACUGAGGAGAGCGCGGACCCUUUAAGUGAGGAUGAUUUUGAGAUGUUUUAUGAGGUGUGGGAAAAUUUUGAUCCUCACGCAACACAGUUCAUUGAGUUCAAGAAGUUGGCAGAGUUUGCAGAUGAACUGGAACCACCAUUGCGCAUAGCCAAGCCUAACAAGCUUGAAUUGAUUUCUAUGGAUCUACCAAUGGUGAGUGGUGAACGAAUUCAUUGCCUGGACAUCCUGUUUGCAUUCACAAAACGUGUCCUGGGCGAGGGUGGGGAGAUGGACAUUUUAAGGGCUCAGAUGGAAGAACGCUUCAUGGCCUCCAAUCCUUCCAAACUGUCCUACGAGCCCAUCACUACCACCCUCCGGCGCAAGCAGGAGGACACGUCAGCCAUCGUCAUCCAGAAAGCAUACAGACGGUAUGCAAUCAGACAUUUUACCACCAAGUCCCCUGAUGCAUCCAGUGAUGGCAUUCAAAAGGAUGAAAGAUUCAUUGACAAUGAGGAUGUUGUCCCAGACAAACUGAACACAAACGCUAGCACCGAACUAACACCUCCAACAGCCCCUCAACAAGCAUGUAACAGUGUGACAAUGAAUGGAAACAAUAAGUAUGAAAUGGACAAAAGUGAAAAAGAGGUUGUUGGCAAAGAUGUCAGGGAGCAAGAUAUAUGAAUUAAUGCCGGAGAUGCAUCAAGGACAUUUUUAUUAUUGACUAAAUGUUUACAACCUAUGCCAGAGACAAAGACAUCCAUUGGACUUCCUUCCUUAGUACGGCUAUCCUUGCCAAACUAACCCUGCUUCUUUGAGUCUAAAGGUUCAUUCCUAAACCUGAGGCUCAUUCAGGCUGAUGUAGGACAAUUUGGGCUUUGUUCAGGAGCAAGGAUGCCUUAUAGGCUGUUGGGAUUGUUAAGUGUUCUUAAGGACAAAUUAGUUAAUGCUAUAACUUCUAUUGACCAUAUUCAUGGUGGCCAUUUUCUUCUGAUUUCAAGUGGGAAACUGAAAAGCUGUUAUAAUAUAUGUAUGUUUCAGGUUGAAAAAUGUGUAAAUGCAGGGUGUCUAUUUAACAACAUUUGAGCUAAACAUCAUGAGUGUGGUAUCAAGGUAAAAUGGCUGCCAUGUUAAUAUGGUGAAGUGCAGCUAGUCUGAAUUAUUGUUAUAUCACUGACUGUUGUAUGUCUUUACUUUUCAAACAGAAAUAAAUGUUUUUGUGUUAUUACUUCAAGAGUUUAUGGUUUGGUUAAUUUACUUUUUAUACAUUUUUUUUUUACACUUUACUAAAAGUUUAUUUUUCCUUCAGGGGUAGUCUUAACAAUGAGCAGAAGUACCUUAAAGCUAAUUGUGCUAACUGAUAGCUUGACAAAUCAAAGAGGCCACGUUGGAGCUGCUGCAGUUGACUGGAAAUGUAGACAUUCAUGAAUGUUUCUCCAUGGUUAAGCAUGUUAGAGUGUAAUAUUACAUGAUGUUUUCAUACACACAGUGUAAAGUCAUGACAUGACAUUUUAAGACAUUACAGAAACAAUAUGUUAGCAUACAGUCCAAAGAAAUUCAGCCUAGUGGGUUGCUUAUAUUUUAUUAUGAAUAAGCAGAAAAAAUUAAUAGAAAUUUUGCACAUUAACAUUUGUUGAACCAUAAAAUAUUUUACAUAUUUCCUCUCAACCUGCUGUGUGCUAUACAUAUACUAUUUACAAUUUGGCUAAUUAUGUUAAUCUUUUAUCUCCCAUCACCCCCCCAAAAAACAGUCUUUAACUAAAGGUUUGCCUUUUAGAGCUGAAAUGUAAGAAAAACAUUUUUUUUUUGUACACUGUAAUGGAACAUUACCUCACGUUGACAUGACAGUUUGUGUAAGAAAGAGAUGAUCUGUGAUAUUGUCUAAUUGCAGUACAGCUACAUCCCUCCAAAACACAAUUAUCUUGUGUCUGCCUUUGUCCUAGUUUGAUCUGUUUCCGUUGGUUAAAUGUUUUGGAUGGAAGCCCUAAUGAGUACUGUACAAUGAUUAUGAAACAAUUAGUGUUUAUGACAUGCAAUAUAAAUCAAAUAUAUUCUCUAUUAUACUGUUGUCAGGGAGACAGGGAUGUUUCAAAUCUAUCUACAGCUUUGAAGUUAAAAAUCAAAAUUUUGAUGAAAAUGGACGUAUUGGCGGCAAUUUUUUCACCAUAAUUCAAAGUUUGAUAAUAAGUGAUAUAUGGUGUGUAAGCUUUACUUUACUUUAAUUUGGACAUUGUGACAGAAAAAAUGUUACUUGAUCUAUUAUAUAUUGUGUGCUUUUAGAAUAUUUUUUUAUGAGACUCAAAUUCUUUAUUCUGAGAAAUGAGGUGAAAGAAGGAUGUCAGAACAAGGCGUUACUCAUCUCAUGUUCCCCUGGAGAUUUCCUACAUCUGUUACAAUUUCAAGGUAGCAGUUAUGUUACUUUUGUCUGUCCUUUCCUUUCUAUAUGACAUUCACUGUAAACUGUGUUAAAACUACAUCUGUUGGCAUACAAUAUGAUUCCAUUCAUAUGAAAAUAUUUUGCAUGCAACUCAAAUGUCCAAUACUUACCCUAUACAUUGUGCAUAAUGAGAGAAUGUUUUGAUUAUGAAGAAUUUCACAUCUGCCAUUAUUCUAUGCAUAAUGCUUGUAGUGUAAAAAUAAACUGCAUGCAAGACACUGCUAUAACCCAUUUCACUGAAACGCCAAAAGAAUAAAGAUUACAUGUACCUCAA